AUGGGCCUCCUGGCUCCGCCUCCUGCAAGAACACCAAAGGCUGAACUGAGAGCUGACAGGACAUCAAUUCCAGCAGGGGGCGCUGUGACCCUGACCUGUGAUGUGAACCCUCCAUCAUCUGGCUGGACGUACAUCUUGUACAGAGGAGAUCACCUGGGCACACAAGAUGAUGGUAAAAACUUCAAUGGACGAAUCAGUGUCUCCAAGGGAGGAGUCUACAGGUGCAGAGGAGUGAGAGGAGAACCAGUUUACUACACAGAGGACAGUGAUUCAGUCACUAUCAACAUCAUUUUGAAUUCUUCAACAUUAGCGGUUGCAAACAAGGCUGUCGUGACUCUGCACCCCAACUGGUCUGAAAUCUACUCUGAAGAGUCGAUUACUCUAAGAUGUGAGAUAAAGGAUGGAGACGACGCUGAGUGGGAGUACGAGUGGAAAACAAGCAACUCAUUCAAACCUCCAAAGGAAAAGGAAUACAGUAUUGGACCUGCUUAUACAACACACAGUGGAAACUACAGUUGUAAGGGCAGAAAAAAAAGUGACCAGUCUCCAACAGGUUGGAGCGAUCCCAUCACAUUAACGGUUUUAUACAGAUCACCCCAGCCUGUCCUCACCGUGUCUCCACUCUGGCUGAGUCCUGGAGACUCUGUGACUCUGAACUGUGAGGUUAAACAGCCAUCAGCAGGAUGGAGGUUCUACUGGUAUGAAGCUAUUCCCAAACUACCUGACAACUCCUACAACUCCUACAACUACCAGCUGCUAUCUGGAAGCAGAGAUGGAACUGAAAAGUAUUCCUUCAUUGUUCAUGGACAGACACACACAGCAGGAUAUGUGUGCAGAGCUGGAAGAGGAGAAAUGAACACUCCUUAUAGUGAACCAAAGUUUGUCUGGUCUGGAGAUUUGCCUUCAUCAGCAUCUCUCACAGUGAGUCCUGAAAGAGUGCAACACUUCACCUCUGAUUCUGUCUCACUGGAGUGUAAGGGGAACUCUACUCAGUGGAGAGUGAAGUUUCAAUGGGACAGCUUCCUGGCAGAUUGCUCCCUGAGGGAUACAAUGACUGGAUCAACAUGCACAAUGAGUACAUUGAGAAAUAAUGUGUACUGGUGUGAGUCUGGAUCAGGGGAGUUCAGCAACGCUGUCAACAUCACUAAACAGAAGUCUGAAAUUAUCCUGGUGAGCCCUGUCCAUCCAGUGACUGAAGGAAGUUCAGUUAGUCUUAGCUGCAGAUUGAGAAGCUCAGAUAUUGUUUCCAAUGUGUUCUUCUAUCAGAAUAACAAACUCAUUCAAAAUGAUACCAGAAAGGAGCUUAAUAUCUCUGCUGUGUCAAAGUCUGAUGAGGGCUUCUACAAGUGUCAGACCUCAGGGAGAGAGUCGUCUCAGAGUUGGAUGUCAGUAAAAGUGGAAAUGCUGUUUGAGGAAUCCACAUUUCCUGUAAUUCCUGUGAUUGUUGGGCUGAUUUCUGGAGUAGUGCUUACAAUGUUUCUGCUCCUAUUGUAUCAUUUCCUUCAGUCCAAGGACUCGUGCUUCAGGAGGCCAAGCCAGUCUGAGAGUAACAACCAAGACUCUGCCAGAAGUCAUGAACUUUACCAGAAUGUGGCUCAACCUGAUGUGUACUCUACUCUCCUGCACGGUGAUGCCAGUGUCUACGAAACACUGCAAAUCUCUGAGGACAACAACGCUGGUACUUGCAUUAUUAGAAAUGUAAAGUUAAUGUUUUAUUUUAAAACUAAGCGUCAGAGUUUCAUUGUCGUUUUGGAUGUGAAGAUGGACCAAACCUUGCGUUGUGUGCUGGGGUUUUUCUUGCUGAAUUUGAUCCCCCACGGAUUGGCUCAAGGUAACCGUCCCCGUGUGACCACAACAUCCAACUGGCCUGAAACAUUCUGGUAUGAGACGCUCACUCUCAGAUGUGAGAUUGAGGGAGGUGGAGACUCUGAAUGGACGUUUGGAUGGAGAAGAGACAGAACAUCCAGCUCAGACAAAUAUACAACAGACAAUAAAUACAUUAUUAGCCGAGCCACUGAUUCUGACAACGGAGACUAUGAGUGCUCAGGCAGAAGGGGAUCCCCUAAUUCUACCUUCACGCCUUGGAGUGAACCCUUCAAAUUGACUGUAACAACAAGAACACCAAAGGCUGAACUGAGAGCUGACAGCACAUCAAUUCCAGCAGGGGGCGCUGUGACCCUAACCUGUGAUGUGAACCCUCCAUCAUCUGGCUGGACGUACAUCUUGUACAGAGGAGAUCACCCGGGCACACAAGAUGAUGGUAAUAACUUCAAUGGACGAUUCAGUGUCUCCAAGGGAGGAGUCUACAGGUGCAGAGGAGUGAGAGGAGAACCAGUUUACUACACAGAGGACAGUGAUUCAGUCACUAUCAACAUCAUUUUAUCAAACAGAGCUGUUGUGACUCUUCAGCCCCAUUGGACUGAGAUACACAGCGGAGAGAAGAUCACUUUGAGAUGUGAAAUCGAGGGUGGAGACGACUCUGAGUGGGAGUAUGAGUGGGAAACAACCAGCUCUGAUAGAUCUGUAAGACAAAGUGAAUCCUUUGAAAUCACUGCUACUUCUUACAGUGAAGGAGAAUACAAGUGUAAGGGAAAACACAAAACUGAGGUACUUUCUUCAACACAGUGGAGCACUCCAAUCAUGACAGUAUCAGAACAAAAACCAAAGCCUGAGCUGAAGGCUGAUGUCACAGAUAUUCCAGUAGGAGGUUAUGUGACCCUGACCUGUGAUGUGAGCUCUUCAUCUGGUUGGCAAUACUACUUUUGGUACAGAGCAGAUAAAUCCUCUAACCCAUCAUCCAUAAAUGAAUUCUCCUCGGCUGGACAAAAGCGUGUCUCAAAGGAAGGACUCCACUGGUGUAGAGGAGCGAGAGGAAACCCAGUUUACUACACAGAGGACAGUAAUACAAUUCAGUUAAAAGAAAAUACGGUUGCAAACAAGGCUGUCGUGACUCUGCACCCCAACUGGUCUGAAAUCUACUCUAAAGAGUCGAUUACUCUAAGAUGUGAGAUAAAGGAUGGAGACGACGCUGAGUGGGAGUACGAGUGGAAAACAAGCAACUCAUUCAAACCUCCAAAGGAAAAGGAAUACAGUAUUGGACCUGCUGAUACAUCACACAGUGGAAACUACAGUUGUAAGGGCAGAAAAAAAAGUGACCAGUCUCCAACAGGUUGGAGCGAUCCCAUCACAUUAACGGUUUUAUCCAGUUCACCCCAGCCUGUCCUCACCGUGUCUCCACUCUGGCUGAGUCCUGGAGACUCUGUGACUCUGAACUGUGAGGUUAAACACCCAUCAGCAGGAUGGAGGUUCUACUGGUAUGAAGCUAUUCCCAAACUAUCUGACAACUCCUACAACUACCAGCUGCUAUCUGGAAGCAGAAAUGGAACUGAAAAGUAUUCCUUCAUUGUUCAUGGACAGACACACACAGCAGGAUAUGUGUGCAGAGCUGGAAGAGGAGAAAUGAACACUCCUUAUAGUGAACCAAAGUUUGUCUGGUCUGGAGAUUUGCCUUCAUCAGCAUCUCUCACAGUGAGUCCUGAAAGAGUGCAACACUUCACCUCUGAUUCUGUCUCACUGGAGUGUAAGGGGAACUCUACUCAGUGGAGAGUGAAGUUUCAAGAGGACAGCUUCCUGGCAGAUUGCUCCCUGAGGGAUACAAUGACUGGAUCAACAUGCACAAUAGAUCGUCACAUCUCAAGAAAUAAUGUGUACUGGUGUGAGUCUGGAUCAGGGGAGUUCAGCAACGCUGUCAACAUCACUAAACAGAAGUCUGAUAUUAUCCUGGUGAGCCCUGUCCAUCCAGUGACUGAAGGAAGUUCAGUUAGUCUUAGCUGCAGAUUGAGAAGCUCAGAUAUUGUUUCCAAUGUGUUCUUCUAUCAGAAUAACAAACUCAUUCAAAAUGAUACCAGAAAGGAGCUUAAUAUCUCUGCUGUGUCAAAGUCUGAUGAGGGCUUCUACAAGUGUCAGACCUCAGGGAGAGAGUCGUCUCAGAGUUGGAUGUCAGUAACAGAUGAUCCCAGACCUGUUGUCAAGGUGUCCACUUCAUGGCCGAGUCCUGGAGCCAAUGUUACUCUGAAGUGCCGUUUUAGCAAAAAUUAUGGAUUGUGGACGUUCAACUGGUAUAAGGCUGUUCCCAGAUCAUCCAACAACUCCUACAGUCAUGAGAAACUGUCUCACAGCUGCAGUGGACAAGGUCAAUGUUCCUACAUUGGUCAUGGACAGACACACACAACAGCAUAUGUGUGCAAAGCUAACAGGGGAAAUGAUAAUCACACCAGCAGACCCACGUUUGUCUGGUCUAGAGAAAUUCAUCCAAAUUCAAUCAAAGUGAGUCCUCCUGACAGAGGCCAGCACGUUUCCUCAGAGAAUGUCUCACUGAGCUGCGAGGGAAACUCUUCUAAAUGGAGGGUGAUGAGAUUAACUGAAAAAGGCCAUCGGUCAACCUGCUCUGAAUGGGGGACAAUGAAAAAUUCGACGUGUGACAUCACAAACCCUCCAAAAAAAACAGCCGUGUACUGGUGUGAGACUGCAUCAGGCCAAUUCAGCAAUGCAGUCAACAUAACUUUUCAAAUGUCCAGCUCUGAAGGUUCCUCCUUUCCUCUGCCAUUGGUCCUUGGACUGUUUUUUCCCCUUUUAACCCUGAUGCUCCUGCUGCUGCUGUGUUGCUACAGAAAGUCAACGAAUACAUUCGUCACCAGGAUUUUUAGACCCUCAAAGUCUCAGAAAACCAAUCAGAGCCCAGCUGCAGAUGACGUGGUCAACCAGAACCAGACUCAAGAUGCAGAUGAAUCCAACGACGUGACGUACUCUUUGAUUCUGUUUAAAAACAGAGGUAAAGGUGAGUACUCGUGUUUCAGACCAGGUCCGCCUUCAUUACAGCUUCAUCAACGCUGCAACGCUCAAAAAAGAAUAUCGGUAUAAUCAUGGUCACCAACCUUUAUUUAAGUCUUUAAAUCAUGAAGGUGUUUGAGAUACAGUAAGAGCACAAUAUUAAAAGAAGAAGAAGAGGAUGUUGUCAGUUGGCUGGUCUUGAAGGAUUGACUGACUGCAGGGCAGAGGGAGACUCAGGAUGGGGGUUCUGUCUCAGACGUAAUUCUGGCCGAGCUGAUCACGAUCCGGAUUGUUCCUAGAAUUAGACAAACGAGAGGAAGGGAUGAGGAAGGAGGGUGAAGGGAUGAGGAAGGGAUGAG